AUGGCCGCUCCCUCCAGGGCAGAAGCUCCGCUUGGCCCGUGGCGGCUCGCCGUCGUCAUGGGCUCCCUCUGUCUGGGCAUCUUCCUAUUCGGCCUCGACACAAACAUCAUUGGAACCGCAAUCCCCCGCAUCACGACCGAUUUCCAGUCGCUACCCGACGUGUCUUGGUACGGCUCGGCCUAUCUGCUGACCGUGACGGCCUUCCAGCCCCUGUUUGGCAACCUCUUCAAGUUCUUCGACGCUAAAAUCGUCUACUUGACGUCCUUGGUCAUCUUCGAAGUCGGGUCCGUCGCCUGCGCCGCCGCCCCUAGGUCUGCCGUCCUUAUCUUUGGGCGCGCGCUGCUCGGCUUCGGGGCCGCCGGGCUGUUACAGGGAGCCCUGGCCAUCAUAGGAUACGUCGUUCGCCUCGAGAAGGUGCCCCUUUUCCAGGGCACCGUGGUGAGCGUGCUAGGGAUUAGCAUCUGCGUCGGGCCGCUGUUCGGCGGUCUGUUGACGCAGUAUGCGAGAUGGAGAUGGUGUUUCUGGAUCAACGUUCCCAUUGGCGUCUGCGUCAUAUUCGUCGUUCUUGUCUUUGUCCCCAUCAGGCAAUCGUCAAACCAGGCAAACAGAGACCUGUCCCUGAAGGAGAAGCUCCGGCAUAUGGAUGCCGUCGGCACCGUUCUGUUUAUCGGCACCGUCUGCUGUCUGCUCCUCGUUUUGACCUGGGGCGGAAACACGUACCCCUGGAGCGACCCGCGGUGUAUCGGCCUCUUUGUUGGCUUCGGGCUCCUCUCGGCAUGCUUCUGUUACUGGAUAUGGAGACAGAAGGAUAUGGCCCCCAUCCCCCUCCGGGUGCUUCUACAGCGCUCCAUCUGCAUGGGGGCCUUUACGCUGUUUUGUAUCGGCAUGACCAGUCAGAUUUAUGCCUACUAUCUCCCCAUCUUCUUCCAAUCGGCUCAGGGCGUAUCCACAACUACAAGCGGCGUUCGGUCUCUGUCGAAGUGGGGUUACUAUGUCCCAUACAUGAUAGCGGGCGUCAAGAUAAUGAGCGUCGGCGCCGGCCUUCUCACCUUGAUUGAUGUCUCCACGCCCGCGGCCCAAUGGGGCUCCUUUCUAGUCAUUGCCGGACUCGGUAUUGGUAUGGCCCAGCAGCUUCCAUACACUGCCAUCCAGGCGACACUAGAGCCGGAAGAUGUGCCGACAGGCAAUGCAAUCGCCGUGUUUACUUUCCAGCUCGGCGGUGCCCUAGGUCUCGCCGCCGGCCAGAACCUGCUAAUCUCGAAACUCCAGAGGACCGCCUUGCGAGAGAGCAACGGCGACGAGUUUGACGAGUCCAACGACGUCGAGCCCGAGGGGGUCAAGAUACAGGGCAGCGGCGAGGAAAAGAUGGGGACCAAGUAG